AUGCAUUUAUUACACUUAUCAGAAAAGUACACUGACAACAGGGAGCUUUAUAACGCCAUCAUGAAGGAAUACCACAACGUGUACACAGAAGCGAUGAAAAAUUUUACAACAAAUUCUGAAUAUUGCUUGCUAUAUCCCAAAGCACCUAAUGUUACAAAGAUUGAAAAUACUCAACAAACGAGAGAGUAUAAUUGUCGAUAUUACCUUUCAGAAAUUAGAAAAUUCUAUGAGCAUUUUGGAACUCUUGAUAGUUUUCAUUCCAUCUUUUCCAUUAACAACAAAUCACUAGGAAAUAACAUGUAUAUUUUGCAGGCAAGUGAUGAAAGCCCUUCAGAUACAUACCCAAUGGUUCAAUGUUGCAUGAGCGGAUUGUGUGUUAUGAUAAACGAAAAAAAGAAUUUAACCUUCAUUGGAAUUCCAAUACUGCCAUGCUUUUCACUCACAUGGGCGUUAUCAUCAAAAAAACCAAAAAGGUGCAUUGUGAACAACACGGAAACCCAGUUAUUUGUCAAGUAUGGGAAAAGAUAUCAUAGGAAAUUAAUUUGUUGGAAUUCUGACAUGAAGAGGUGGAGCGCUAUUUCCUGUAGAGAUCUUUGCUUACUUGAUAUUGAUUGUUAUAAGAACUUAUUAAGCGAGUGUGGGGAACAUACCGAGAUGUUUGAACAAAUUCAAUGCUUUACUUUAAUUAUUGAUGAGGACGAGCAAUCAACGGGUAGCCCAAUCCUUGUUGGCUACACAUGCCUGUAUAAGGAUGACACAUUUACGCAAGCCUAUGUUACCGAUUGGACUGAUCUACAACACUAUCUACAUGUCACACAACAUUGUCGGCAACGCCUUCCAUAUUUUACUAACUGUUAUACUUUACAAUCCAUUCCAUUGAUUUCACCUAUCAAUUCACACCAAGUCAUGUUGUAUUUGCAAGACACAAUUCACACUCUCCUUGAAGGCAAUUUAUUACCAGAUAUUGAGCUGAUUGAGGUCAUGCAAAAGAAUUUGGAUACACCAGAAGCAGUUACCAUUUUCCAAAUCAAAGCACCUCUCUAUCACUACCGUCUCUCUCUUUCAAAGUUCAUUCUGGAAUAUUCCAAUUGUGUAUUUAAGAAUGAUACACAACUUCCAAAAUCCAUCAUUCAAGAAACUUGUUUCAAUUACAUCAAGUGGCUCGACGGAGAUCUCGAGAAGGAUUUAUCCUUGAUGCUUCUCAAUUGUUCGCAUCAGAAACUAGAUUCAUCAUCUUUGAGUGGAAAUACCAUCCAAACACUUUGUGCUUAUCUGAGGAAACAAUUCAACUGGAUGCAACAAUUGGAGAAGGAAUUAUUGAAUUUAUUCACACUUUGUGAAGAAGGUAACAACAUGGACUGUAUCAUCAAGCACUCUGUAUUCAAAAUUGAGCACCAUUCUCUCAUCAAGAAUAUUUUCAUUCACAUGAACAAGCAUCUCUCGAAUUUUCAUCAGCUGCCUCAGCAACGAGAACCUCAUAGCGUACGUAUGGCACUGUUCAAUUGUCUCAGAGCCACUGAAAAUUCCAAAAUUCAAUCUCUGCUUCUCCCAUUUGCUGAACACUAA